UACGGCUCUGGCUCGGCCCGCGGCGGUGAGGCCGCUCAGCCCCUGGGUCGUGUUACACCCCUGGGGGCCGGUGCGCUUCUCGGGGCUGGUUUCCCCCGCCUGGGAGCUCGGCUCGCAGUAGGGUUGAUCCUUGCUCCCUGCGCCGGGAAGGGAGGCCGCGUGUUUGUGAACAUGCUCCCAGAGAGCCCGGGGCGUGCGGGAGACCGGCCCGGGGCGAGUUCGAGACACAGCGAGACGCAGCCGGCACCACUGCCUUUCUACAGGAAGCUCUGUUACGCCAUAGGGGGUGCUCCAUACCAGAUGACAGGAAAUGCCCUCGGGUUCUUCCUCCAGAUCUUCCUACUGGACGUUGUGCAAUUGGAACCGUUCCAUUCCUCUCUGAUCCUUUUCCUUGGGCGAGCCUGGGAUGCAGUUACAGACCCCGCUGUCGGCUUCCUGGUCAGCAAGAGCCCCAGAAGGAAGCUUGGCAAGCUGAUCCCCUGGAUUGUCUGCUCCAUGCCGUUCGGGGUGGUCUUCUACUGCAUGGUCUGGUCCACCCCCUCCGACGCCAUGCCGGUCUCCCUCAAGUUCCUUUGGUACCUGGCCAUGUACUGCUUCUUCCAGACGAGCAUGAGUUGCUAUCAUGUGCCGUAUUCCUCCCUGACCAUGUUCCUGGGAGGGAAUCCGCGAGACCGGGACUCGGCCACCGCCUACAGAAUGGGGGUGGAGGUGUUCAGCACGCUGGUCGGCUCGGGUAUCCAGGGGCAGAUAGUCGGCAGGUACCACGCCAGCAUGAUGAAAAGCUGCAGCAUGCCCAAUGGGACUCUGUACAACAGCACCUCCCCGGGGCUCACUGACACCUUGGAGAACACGCGCAGGGCGUACGUGAUCGCCUCCGUGGUCCUGGGCUCGCUCUACUGCAUGGCCUGCCUGAUUCUCUUCCUCGGAGUGAAGGAGGAGCCCGGGCCCCUCAGUCCCUUGGGAAAGACCCAGCUGCCCUUCUUUCACAGCCUGCGAAUAAUCCUGGGACACCAGCCCUAUGUCCAGCUGCUCUGUGGCUUCCUCUUCAUGUCCCUGGCCUUCCAGAUCGCUCAGGGGAUCUUUGCCUUUUUCUGCACACACGCUGCUGGGCUGGCUGGGAGGUUCCAGCACUUGGUGCUCAUCAUGCUGGUCGUGGCUUCCCUCUCCAUUCCCUUCUGGCAGUGGUUUCUGGUGCAUUUUGGGAAAAAACCAGCUGUGUUCGUGGGCCUACCAUUAAUUAUCCCUGCCCUCAUCGUUAUCACCCAAGUGAGCCACAACUUCCUGGUCUUCGUCUUCAUGGUGGUAUUAGCGGGAUGCAGCCUGGCUGUCCUCUACUUGUUACCCUGGUCCAUGCUACCGGAUGCAGUGGAUGAUUUCAGGCUGAAGAAUCCGAACUGUCUAAACCUGGAAGCUUUUUUCUACUCGUUCUAUGUUUUCUUCAACAAGUUUGCAGGAGGACUCUCCCUGGGGAUAUCAACAAUGAGCCUACAUUUUGCAGGUUACAGAGCCAGUGACUGCACACACAACCCCUCUGUCAUCCUCACACUGCGGAUACUCAUGGCCCCUGUCCCAAUAACCCUGCUGCUCAUUGCCAUGGCCAUAUUCUGCUUCUACCCCAUCGACGAGGAGAGGAGAAAACAGAUGAGGGUGGAGAUGGAGGCAGCUGGUUCCAGGGGUCUGCUGCAGGGCGUCAGCUUGGGGCCUCCUAAUGCUUCAGAAGAAGGCUGAAUUGGGAAGCUUCAGGACGUAUAACAUGGCUGGCCAGCAGUGACGGCUCCAUCAGAUGUCUCCUCCCCACCCUGUACAUUGAGAUGGGGAUGACUAGAACAACCCCCCCCCCCCAUUUGCUAGCAGGCAGUGCUACCUCAGGAACAAUUGGAGAUAUGGGUCCUGAAAUGUGUCUCUGAGCCAGAGUGAUUGUCCCCCCGCUCCCUUUUGUCCCCAUGCCUAGAUAUUUGGGGAGAAAAGGAGAAUUUGCCAGGAAAUAAACCCCCAUUUAUAGCCAGGGCACUCCAUGUUGAGGCAGUGGGACUGGGUCUGGGACCAAGCACCGCAUCCUCCCUCUCUCUUUUUAAUGUGGAUUUUAAGUUGGAUUUCAUAUUAAUUUCUAUUCUUUUUAACAGUCAUUGGGUAAAGAAUGAAAACCCAGGAUAAACUAAACCUUGCGCCAAUCUCGGGAAAUUCACUUGGAAAGAAUCCAGUAUUGCUACAUGUCCAUGAGGAUACAUCAGUGUAAUUUAAAGGCUCAGCUGGCUGUUGUUGCCAAUUUUCCCCAUCACAAAGGACACAGCUCUGCGAGACCAGCCCUGCAGUGCUUCUGCAGGGAGGUCGGCAGAGUUGGUGGGACCCCACAGCACUGCAUUCUGCAUGGCUUAGCUUUUGCUUUUCUGUCUGCUCUGGGACUCUCAAAACAGGACCAAAGGGUGGGGGAGAUAGUUUCUCUUCGGAAGAUCAGGUUCAUUAGUACUGAGAGCUAGGUUUUGGGGGAAAUACAAUAUUUUUAGGAAGGGUAUUGUAUGCAUAAUAUAUUUCUAGGUCAUCAGACUGGCAAGAUGAAGUCUCCUAGACUGUACUAACCCACCCAUCUCAUUAGGAACAAAGGAAUUGUCACACCAGAACAGACAGGUGGUCCAGCUCAUCCAGGAUCCUACCUCUGACAGCGGAAUGGUCAAUGCUGGCUGCUUCAGAGGAAGGUGUGAAACACCUCCUUAAUGAUCCUGACUGAGUAAUACUGUACCUGUGAGGAGAUGGGGGAGGAUGGGUCCUUUUGACCCCAUGUGGUGAUCAGUUCCUGCCUUGCAGCUCGAAGAUUUACUUCUGUCAGAUUUCUAGGUAAAAGUAGGCAGGACUAGUGGCAAGAGCUUAGAAUCCCAGAACUCAAGCCAGGGAUCAGAGCCAGUACCAGAAUUAAGCCGAGGGUCUAGCCAGAGUCAGAAAUCAUGUCCAGGGUCAAUACCAGGUAUCAGGGUCUGUGUUGGGUUUCCAGGGGUUGAUUAGGAGUCAGAAUCCGAGUCAGAGCAAGGUCAGUGCCAGGAGUUCAGAAGUACGGUAGCUAGCUAGGAAUCCACUUUGUUGCCUGGACACUUCCUGGUAUACCCCAUGGGCGUCUCUACGGUCAAAAAGCCAAUCAGGGAUCGCAAAAAGAAGAGGAGUACUUGUGGCACCUUAGAGACUAACAAAUUUAUCUGAGCAUAAAGCUUAUGCUCAAAUAAAUUUGUUAGUCUCUAAGGUGCCACAAGUACUCCUUUUCUUUUUGCGAAUACAGACUAACACGGCUGCUACUCUGAAACCAAUCAGGGAUCGCUAGACCACUGUCAGUCAGGUCAUCUGAGGUGGAAUUUCCUCUGCAGGUUGUAGGUCAAAGAGAGUGGCCCAGGAGACAGUGUAGGGAUGGUGGUUACCUUGUAGCCCAGCAGGCCUGGGAUUACAACCUCCCCCAUGCAGAGCAGCUGACUCACUGUUCUCCAACCAGAACGCCAAGCCAAAGAGAACGGCUGAAUUCAGCCACUUGGAACUCUGGGUUGGAUACAGCGUAGUGAUAUGAGAUGAGCUGGGGAGUCACUGAGCUAGUCGCUCUGACACGCUGUAACAGCAGCAUUGUGCCUCAUGGGUACCAGGUCUGAGGUAUUACUGCCAGUUACUGACAGGGCUGAAGGAACAUGGUAGAUGUAGGCUGUGAGGCUUGGAAGGGGUAAGGAAAAGUGGUUCACUGCCUGUUGUCAAUGGCUAAACACCUGCCUUCAUUAUCUACCACAGAGCAAGCUACAGUAUUUUGAUCACCUGCUGGCAUGAUGCUGUUCCUGGAGAGCGGCCAGUAGGAUGAUCCUAGUUCACCUUGUUUCCCAGAGGGCUGGUCCCCUGUAUUUUUAAAGACAGAAUCUAUUAUUCUGUGGAAAGAUGCCAAAGUUCAAGUGUAGAAAUUUAAAAGAGAAGCACAUGCCCAAAAGGAGAAGUAUGCACACCACACAACCUCUAGUAUCACUAUUUAAAAAACCAACCAUGGUUCCCUGCCUUGGGUUCAUUAGCAGGCAGUUCAGCUAGUUAGCAAUCAGAUGAAAGGGGUCGCAGGAAUAGACUAAGCUACCUGCGAUCUUGCUUUCUUAGCGGUUUAUUACAAGGUCUGCCCCGUGCCUGCCAUCCACAGGAGUGUCAAAUUCACUCAAAAGAAAGGGCUGAAUUGCACUUUUAAUGAUAGUUUCUAGAACAGUUCUAAAAUCAGCAUCUUGUACAACCUUCAGCACACCACAGAUCUCCCACUGCACAAAGAUCAAGGUUUGGGUCUGGCCCUUCUGUCGUGACUAAACUUUCAGUAAGUAAAAUUUAAUUGCAUUUGGCACCAUGCAUUAGCUUGUUAUUUUUCAGGCCAGUGCUAUUUCUGCCUUUUCUUUAAACCAGUGGCUCUCAACCCACAGGCGGCCCAAUCAGCACACAGCUGCGGCCCAUGUGACAUUCUCAGGGCCAUACAGGUAGUAUUUUUAUAUAUAUAUAUAUAUAGAGUGGAUGCAGCCCCAUAACACACAGAGAGCUGCAUAUGAGGCCCCCAAUGGCGAAUAGGUUAAGAACCACUGCUUUAAACAUUUGAGCUUGUAGCUACCCAAUCUGCACACAUAAUGGCAGUUUUUGUGCAAAUUAGCCCCCAGUUUUGCACCUACUUCAUUUGAAAAUCUGGUUCUUAAAGUGGCAUCAUGAGGCUUAAGAGUUAACCACACUUUCCGAUGAAUAGGGAAGAUCCCACCUCAGAGCUAUAACAGGAUGUCUGCAGAUAGCCUGGCAGGAAAGCAACAUUAUAUCAGUUACACACAGAUCACAUUUACUUUGUCACGAGGGCCAGAAAUGUAACUCAGGAAGGCCUGGUCUGGGUGUUUUGAACCUAGUGGGCUAUGGGCCGUUGCUUCCCAUUCAACGUUGUUGUCUAUGUAUUUUGAUGGCCUUUGUGUGCCAAGAAAUGAAAUAUGAUUCAUUCUCAAGCUACAAGUCAUAUGGUUGGCAAGAACUGUGUUAAGAUGCAUUUGCAAUUGCUAUAUCACACCAUCCGGGCUGGGAAGGAUGUGUAGUGUGCUGCACCAACCUUCCAGGUGGAUUUGUAUUUGUAGAUUUGUAUUUUCUGAUGUCAGUAUUUUUCAACUGUUUUUUUAAUUAUAAACUCAAAGGCAGAUUUUUAGAAGUAUUAAAUCAGUGCAAACAUUAA